UCAUGCCACUUGUGCCAUCACCCCACUUCUUGUUCCAUCGAAAUAACGAUGGCAGUUCCUGCGACCGAGUGUUGCGUGAACUGCUGCAACGAAACGUGGAUCCUAGCCCUAUCAGUGGCUGACAUUCUCUCCGACUUCCUCUACUUUGAGGAGCUGUAUACGGAGAACAAUGUGCCCGACGGAGUUGCUUUCGCUGUCCUAGGGUUCGCUAUUGUGGGACUGAUGUCCUUCCUAAGCGGACCUUUCUCCGACAUCGGCACCGCGGUUUCAAUCUCUUUUGAGGACUUCCCGAUCAUCAUCAUCACCACGGCCAUCCAGGCGUACCUCGCCGGCGCGGACGUGCGCGAGUGGCACGCCGUCGCCAUCGUCAGCUACGUGUUCUCCAUGUUCGCCAUGCAGCAGAAGGUCAUGAAGCUCGGCCUGGUGAAGAGCAUCCGCGACAUCCUGAACCCACGGGCGGAGGAGGAGCGGCAGGCGGAGAUAGGUCCGUGUUACUGGUGGGUGGUGUUCGUGCGCUCCCUCGCCGCGGUCGCCUUCACGGUGUUGCUGGCUUGGGCGCUCUCGGCCUUCAUCAUCUUUUUCGCCCCGGACCCGCCGGGGGAACGAUGACGUCAUGUUCGUGGUGGUCUGCUGGUGAGGGUGGCGGGGUUGGGAGGCACCAUCUGUCCU